CCGCUUGUCAUAUAAAUUUACCGAACAAGCAGAGUAGCGACAGCGAUAGUGACCGUUCUCGAAAAAAUAUUGAAUUUUUCACUGUCUAAACAACUUGUUAUCGUUGCAAAUGGUGUACUACUGGAUACCCAAUUCGUAAACAAUUUAGCAACCAUCGUUGGAUAGAUUUAUUUGUACCUCUAAUUCUCCGCAACAACAGCAUUCCUAGCGCAAAGGUUUCCAACACCAACAACCGUCGCAAAAUAAACGGAAGAUGUCGCACACGAUUCUGCUAGUGCAACCGGCACGAAAUCCGGAGACACGAACGUACAGCGACUACGAGAGUGUGAACGAAUGUAUGGAGGGAGUUUGCAAGAUCUACGAGGAACACUUGAAACGACGCAAUCCAAACACCCCGACCAUUACGUACGAUAUAAGUCAACUGUUCGAUUUCGUUGAUCAGCUGGCGGACCUGAGCUGCCUCGUGUACCAGAAGUCAACCAACACAUACGCCCCCUACAACAAGGAAUGGAUCAAGGAGAAAAUCUACGUGCUGUUGCGACAAGCAGCGGGGACCACUGACUAGAGAGAGUGAGCAACGCGCGACUGCUGCCCCACCCUAGACUAAGCUAAGGAGCCACUUUUUGUCUCACAUCCACGGUUUUUUCUUCUCAUUUUGUUCUACUUUCGACAAUUUACUCUUUUUUUUCAAUUAUCAGACUGAAGAUGCCUGACUAACUUUCGUUUCAGAUUUUUCUCAAUGAAUUCGAUUUUUGUUGUUUUGCCAACUGAUUUUGUCAGUCGCAAUUUCAAAUGAAAACUAGUGUUUAGAUGACUCCACAAACGAUGGUUUUGUAAGCAAAUAAUACAGCGCAGAGAAAAAAAACUAUCUAUUUAAUUUAACAUAAUUUUAGUUAAGUUCGCUUUUGAAGUGUGAAUAGGAACGGUGAAAACUAAUAAAAAAUUUAAAAAAGCGAA